AUGAACUACAUCCGGCCCAAGGAUGACCGGCGCGCACGGAAACGAGCUGAAGUGCGCACCCGCAAGGAAGAAGAGAAGAACAAGAAAAUGGAAGAGAUCGCACGGCUGAAGGCGCUCAAACUGAAAGAGAUACAAGAGAAGAUCGCUAGGAUCAAAGAGGUUACGGGAAAUGAUGAUCUCGCCUUUGAGGAGCAAGACAUCGAGGGUGACUUCGACCCUGAGGAACACGACCGCCGCAUGCGCGCAUUGUUCGACGAAGAAUACUACGGAGAAGCAGAUACGGAGAAACCAAGAUUCCCCGACUUGGAUGAAGAACUUGAGAUUGAAAACUGGGACAAAUAUGAGACAGACAAUCAAGACGUACAAAAGCACGGUGAUGCUGUACCACAUUGUGAAGAUGAUGAUUUCAAUAUGGACGCCGAUUAUGACCCGAAACAAGCCAGGGCGAAUCUCCUCGAAGAAAUCCAACAGAGUCUGGUUAAAAAGCGUCGCAAUCGGAAGCGAAAAUCCAAGCUUCACCAUCUUCUUAACGUGGAGAAACCCAAGUUUAUCCCAACUACAGCGGAGAAAACAUAUGCUGAGUAUAUGGAUGAGUAUUACAAGAUGGACUGUGAGGAUGUUAUAGGCGGUGAUCUGCCCACUAGGUUUAAAUACAGAGAAGUCGUGCCGAAUGAUUAUGGAUUGACUAUUGAGGAGUAUACCAUACAUACAACUUUAUAA